GUGUCUCUUAUGUGAAGCACACACUCAGCUGCAGUCAAGUUUAGCAGCUCAAGUCUGCUGAAAACGACGAGUUUGGAUUUACACAAGUUAAUAAGGCCCUACAUUUGAUUCUCUGUGUGUAAAAAAGAAGAUAAAGUGUAUUAGGCGAUGUAAACAAACUAACGUUAGUCCGAGAAGAAUCGAUUCUGGCAAAAGAGACAUGUCUGGAUGAAGAAGAGAGAGAGAGUUUAUCGCCAAUAAACUGCAGGUUUCUGUAAUGACUGGUUAAUGUGUGUACAAUGGAGUCGAAGGCACAGGUUUUAUAUGAUUUCGCGGCAGAGCCUGGGAAUAAUGAGUUGUCGGUUCGAGAGGGUGAGACAAUCACAAUAACCAAUCAGAACAUUGGUGGAGGAUGGAUUGAGGCAAGAAACUCCAGGGGAGAAGUCGGAUUGGUACCAGAGGACUAUAUAGAGAUUAACCAGGCUCAGCCUUUAACCUCUGGAGGAAAUGCAGCCCCUCUCGAUCUCUCAUUUUUUGACAGUCACGUGCCGACCCCGGCCAGCACCGCACAGACGAGUAACGGCAAUGACCCGUGGGCAGUGUUUGACAAUAAUGCCUCUGGGGGGUUUUCUAAUAACUGGGCAGCUCAGCCGGAGGGCACAGAGACGGGGAAAACCAGUAACAACAAUGCAUGGCAAUCUGGGGGACAAGGGCAUCCACAGGCCUACCAGGGUCCAGGUGCAGAAGAUGAUGAGUGGGACGAGGAGUGGGAUGACAUGAAGUCAUCAGGCGGCUAUGCUGAGUCUGAGGCCGGAGAGGGCGGGGCUAUGAAUAGAGGCGGAGCUCACGGUUCAUCCAUGAAAAUUGCCCUUAACAAGUUUCCAGGCUUCUCUAAAUCCGGCCCUGAAUUGUACCUGCUGUCCAAGCAGCAAACCAAAGGAAACAAGUUGUCUGUUUAUAGCGGGGAAGUCGGUCCAGUUUGGGCGUAUCCAGACUACCAACUAGACUGUGUUGUCGCUGAUCCUAAAAAGGGCUCCAAAAUGUAUGGCCUCAAGAGUUACAUUGAAUACCAAGUCAUCCCCACCACCACAAACAAGCCCGUCAAUCACAGAUACAAGCACUUCGAUUGGUUAUAUGAAAGGCUUUUGGAUAAAUUUGGGUCAGCGAUUCCAAUUCCCUGCCUGCCUGAUAAACAGGUGACAGGUCGAUUUGAGGAAGAGUUUAUAAAAAUGCGAAUGGAGAGGCUUCAGGGUUGGAUGUCUCGAAUGUGCCGGCAUCCGGUGGUCUCCAGCAGUGAAGUCUUCCAGCUUUUUCUGUCCUACAAAGAUGAAAAGGACUGGAAAACUGGUAAGAGAAAAGCAGAAAAAGACGAGACCGUCGGAGUCAUGAUUUUCUCAACAAUAGAGCCUGAAGGACUGCCAGACAUGGACCUGAUUGAAGUAGAGCAGAAAUGUGAGCAGUUCAGCCGCUUUACCAAGGCAAUGGACGACGGUGUGAAAGACUUGCUGACUGUAGGAAAUGAACAUUGGAAGCGCUGCACAGGCCCACUUCCCAAAGAAUAUCAACGAAUUGGCAAAGCUUUCCAGAACCUUUCCUCAGUGUUCACCACAAGUGGAUAUGAAGGAGAAGGAACACUCACCGAUGCAAUGACUGCGGCAGGAAAAACCUAUGAAGAGAUCGCUCAGAUGGUUGCAGAGCAGCCAAAGAAAGACCUUCAUUUCCUGAUGGAAACUAACAAUGAGUACAAAGGACUGCUGGGAUGCUUUCCUGACACUAUUGGAGUUCACAAGGCUGCUAUAGAAAAGGUAAAGGAAGCAGAUAAACUUGUGACCGCUGGUAAAAUCACCGCCUCAGACAAGACCACCAUGGGCAAACGUGCCAGCACCAUGUCAUACGCUCUACAAGCCGAAAUGAACCACUUCCACAACAAUCGCAUCUAUGACUACAACAGAGUGAUGCAGCAGUAUCUGGAGCAGCAAGUCAAAUUCUACGAGAUGAUUGCAGAGAAGCUGCGGCAAGCUCACAGUCAGUUCACUACUAUGUAAUGCUGAAUCGUCUGCCCAGAAGCUGCCUCAUUUCUCUCUUCCUCUUACAUGAUUAUUCACUCUUUCUAUUCCUGUUAUCUGUGUCAUGAUGUCAGUGCCAUACAAAUGCCAGGCCAAAGAUAAUCCAGCGCCCUGUGUGCAGACUGGCCCACCUCCGGUGUUUUAAAAACAAAAAGCAGCUACAGAUUGUCUAAAAACAAGAAAUGAAUCUGAUUAUAAGAGGGCUAUAAUUAUUCUAAUCCUCAAGGUGUUGAUUUUGAUGAUCCACAUCUGUUAUUAAGACCCUCACUUAUGUAGAACUUUUAUAUAAUGAUCUAAACGUAUAGCGGAUUGUUUGAACUCAUUGGCCAACCGAGUUUCAUCGUGCCUUCUUUUGUGUAGAGCUGGCAAAACAACAACAUGCUUUUUUUUUUAUCCUGUGCACUUUACUGUGGCCUUUCAGAUGCAUCAUUCUGUUUGUGUUUGGCAACCGCAAUGUCCUUCAUCAGAGGAUUUUGCGGAUGAAACAGGAGGGCUGGUCCUUUUUCCCCCAGAAGAGACAUUCAGAUGUUAUUUUUCUCGCUCCCCAAAGCCAGAUUACAGACAUGCUUCCACCUCAGUGCAAUUAUCAGCAAUUUCCUAUCCUGUAAAAGUGAAUUAUACGUAUAGAUGCAUGUUUUCCAGUUGUUCGUAUAUAUAUUUUUUAUGUAAAGCAGUGUUUGCAAGUCUUUUGCACACAGAAUGACAAUUAAGAUUGAGAUUAUGAUUUAAUAAAUACUGAUUUGUAUACCAUGCAA